GACGUCUUUCAUUACAACUCACAAACUCUUGAGCUGUAGUUUCUUUCUCGAUUCUCGCUGAUUGUAUAAAAGAGUUGGCUGUCACUCAUAAGAAUGUCUGUAUUCGCUGAGACUUUACGAAAGUUACUACGCCAUAAAUUUAAAAUAUAAAAUUAUAAACACAACUUUUACUAGAAAGUAUAUUUUUUUUAUAGAUGCAUUAUGAUUCAUGUUAUCGUAAAAAUAUUAAUUAUUCAUCAAAUGAUUAAUUGCAUUUAUAGUGACGAAUUAAUAAUUGAUAGUAAUAAAAAUAACGACAGUAAAUUAAAACAGGACUUGUCGUAUGAUUACAUAGACAAUGAAAUAGAUAUGAAAUUGACGUACAUAUCCGGUAUUGAAAAAUUUUUUAAAGUUAUUUUAGCGACAAUACAACGAUCUGAUACUAAUGGAAUUGUUGAAAUAAUCGUUUCUUAUUUACCUGAAUCAUUUAGAUUUUUUUUGCUACGGUCUAAUGUUACGAAAGUGAGCGAUACGGCCGAUAAAGGUUUUGGUGAUAUUUUGAAUAUAUUUAGAGAUGAUUUCCAAGCUGUUUUUCCUGGAACUUUAUGGUGUGGUAGUGGUAAUUCUGCCAGAAGUAAUGAUGAUAUCGGAGUAUUUUCACAAACUGAUAUUUGUUGUCGUCAACAUGAUUCAUGUCCUUACUCGAUGGGAGCCGGAGAAAGUAUGGGUUUAUUAAAAAACAUUGGGAUUUUCACUCGAUCAGCAUGUUCAUGCGAUUAUGAAUUUUAUAAAUGUUUAAAAAAGGUCAAUACAGUUAUAUCGACAAAUAUAGGUACGACGUAUUUUAAUAUUUUGAGACCACAAUGUUUUGGGUUCCACUAUCCGAUAAUGUCUUGCGAAAAGUACGAUAGCUCAAGAAGAACUGAAAAAAAAUGUAUACAAUAUAAGUUAGAUUAUUCAAGUAAUAAAACUCUUGAAUGGUACGAUAUACCCGAUUUUUGAUACAUAAAAUUAGUAAUACAUAAGUAUGUAAAUAUUUUGUAUAAUUUUAUAAAAAUAAAUAAAUCAUGUGUCGAAAUAAAAAACACAUACUUCA